AUGCCCAGUCAUGGGACGCUUUUGAUGCAUUUCCCUUCCCUGCACUCCCUAAAUCUCUCUAGCAACACUUUGCUCAUGUUGUAUCCAGCAAUCUUCUCAAACCUAGGUGCACUACGCCUACUGGACUUGACCAGCUGCAGCAUCUCCUACGUCCACACAGAAGCUUUCAAGGGCUUAGUAAACUUGCACACACUGCUCCUAAAAAACAACAGUCUCCAAGAGCUAGAGGUCUCUCUCUUCUUGCCCCUUGAGGCUCUUUUCCACCUGGACCUGCAGAAGAAUGCACUGAUAUCUAUGGACACUUUAGUCCUGCAGCUGAUGGAGGCAGUCCCACACGUCCAGCUUGAAGGGAACCCCUGGAUCUGUGACUGUUCUACGUAUCAUUUGCAGCAGUGGCUCCAGCGUAGAAAAGCUGUGCAGGUCACCUGCGCAUCGCCUCCAGAGCUGUGGGGGCAGGACAUCUCAUCUCUGGAUUUCCAGGACCUGGGCUGCAAGAAAAAGCAGCGGUUUCCUCGGGCUGACAACAUGACACUGCUGCUGAUAACUACGACUCAGAACAACACCACCACACUACCUGCAGGAAAAGGAGGAAGGAGCUGGCCGUACCUAGUGGGCUUCCUGGUUGCAGCCAUCAGCAUCUCCAUUCUGGUAGCACUGGCUGCCAAGUGCAAGCUCUUCCGCAAGAACUUUGCUAGCUACCGCCACCGGCCACUGCCCGAUACCAGCUCAAUUGGAGGCAGCCAGAUGGGGGAGGGCAUCGGCUGGGACAGAGACACCUCCAGUCGAGGGGACAGUGGAAGUCACCACAUGCCUUCUACAGCUGGCUUGCACACUGAGGACGACGAUGGCUUCAUUGAGGACAACUACAUUCAGCCGAGUGAGCAGCUGCAAGAGGAAGAAGAAAGGGAGUCGCACCUCUCCAUCUGAGGCCACACGCCAACCACCUCUACUGCAGGGUCUCCAGCCCCUGCCCUGUCCCCUCUUCACCCCCAAAAUCUUCAUCUCCUU